AUGCGCACAGACUCCAUCACGCCGACCUAUGCCUGCGCCGUUCUCUACAUUCCCAACGAGCGCUGGAAAGGUGUGCCCUUCAUCCUCCGCGCCGGAAAAGGUAUGUUUUCAACCCGUUAUCCAGCCAACCGCAUUUGA